GUUUCCGGUGUGCCUUUCAUUUCUGUCCCCGCUGCUCACAUCAUGGACUCCGCGCUCAGAGAGCGGGUGGGUCAGGUUCUGUUGCCGGGGGACGAGUUCUGCUGCGACACCGACGGCAUCAUCUCUCUGUCGGAGACCGUGAGGCCGGAGAAGGUUCUGUGCGGACCGGGUCUGAGGCGCAGCGGAGACCGGCUGCUGGUUUGUAAGAGCGGCGUCCUGCGCCACAAAGAGCCCAACGUGUUCUGGAUCGACUCCCAGCAGUGGAGGUAUGUCCCUGUCAAAGGGGAGACAGUGAUCGGCGUGGUCGCUGCAAAGUCCGGAGACGUCUUCAAAGUGGACUUUGGAGGCAGCGAGCAGGCGUCGCUGACGUAUUUGUCGUUUGAAGGAGCGACGAAGAGGAACAGACCCAACGUUCAGGUCGGGGACCUGGUCUUCGCUCAGUUCAUCGUAGCGAACAAGGACAUGGAGCCGGAGCUGACGUGCAUGGACAGUUCUGGACGAGCCAAUGGGAUGGGCGUGUUCGGAGGAGGCGGGCUUCUCUUCAGAGUCUCUCUGGGACUCGUGCGAAGACUGCUGUCGCCCGGCAGCGAGCUGCGCUCUGACCUGGAGAAGCUCCUCCCCUGUGAGCUGGUGGUCGGGAUGAACGGACGCGUGUGGACGCGAGCGGCCGACGUCCAGAAGACGCUCGUCCUCGCCAACUUACUGCAGAGCUGCGACACCAUGAGCUGCUCGCAGAGACGCCAGCUGUUCUCCAGGGUCAGACAGGGGGCGCUGUAGAGUCUAGUCUGUCUCUCUGUGUGUGUGUGUGUGUGUGUGUGUGUGUGUGUUCUACAUCUGUGGAAAAUAAAAUGAUUUUGUUUUACAUCAAACAUGUUUGUGACUGAUAGUCUAACUCAUGUGUUCAUCACAUUUAUCAGUACCGUUAUGAACAGUUUAAUUCAUGUGUUCAUCACUAUGAAUCCACACAGCACUUGUUAAUACAUCGAUAAUAAGUUUUAAAAUAAGUGACGAAUAAAUAACUAAAACCUGUUUUGUCGUGGGCCACGCGGUGGUGUAGUGGUUAGCACUCAGACCCGGGUUGGAGCCCCGGUUGGAACAAGGGCCUUUCUGCAUGGAGUUUGCAUGUUCUCCCCGUGUGUGCGUGGGUUCUCUCCGGGUUCUCCGGCUUCCUCCCACAGUCCAAAAACAUGCAGUGUGGGGAUUAGGUCAAUUGGACACUCUAGAUUGACCAUAGGAGUGAGUGUGAGAGUGAAUGGUUGUUUGUCUCUAUCUGUGUGUGUGUGUGUGUGUCCCUGCGAUGGACUGGCCAACUGUCCAGGGUGUCCCCCGCCUAUCGCCCGAUGUAGCUGAGAUUGGCACAGCCCCCCCCCGCGACCCUCUGGUGGAGGACAAAGCGGUAGAUGAUGACUGACUGACUGUUUAGUCGUAAUAUUUAAAAACUGUAAAAGUAACCCCUUCAUUGCCUCACAUCGGCAUCAGUGUUCACGUCGUACCGCCGUUCCCGAGACGUCACAUGACCGCGCUUUGCUGAGCUCGUACACAGCUGUGACGUCACUGGAGAAAUAAGACGUUUCUGGGCUUUUUAUGGCCUUUAGGAAGGUUUUACAAAUGUGAAACUCCAUGAAUUAAAAAUAUAGAAUAUAAAGAUCUA